AUGUAUAACAGUAAUAAUUCAUCAAGUUUGGGAGUGUCAAACACAAACUCAAUAACGAAUCCUCCCAUGAUGAUGACGAGACCUCCGACCAACACUUCUUCCGUUGUGAGUAAUGCACCUACAGCAGUACUACAACCACCCACAGGAGGUAUACCACCCCCGAAUACAAUGAUUUUAUCUGGACAGCCUUCUAGUAGUACUUUUAAUCGAAGACCCAUGAUGAUGAUACCAUCGGCACAACCAACUAAUUCUCCCUAUUACAACACAACAACAAUUCCGAAUUCUGGAAAUACUUAUUAUACGACACCACCAGGUGUUCCGCCAAAUGUUGUCAUGAUGAAUCCAUUCUAUCGCCCUCCUCAAUUUCCACCAUCGUCAUCAAUGACACCCAUGAUGGUCAUGUCAAAUCCACCUUCGGCCGGUGGUGGUACAUUUACCACAACUACCAAUCCAUUGUGGGUAUCAAAUACUACUACGACACCUCUUCGUCCCACAAUGACUGGAGGAAUGAAUCAGCCUCAACCACCACAAUUUCCACCCAACACUUUAAAUAGAGCAAAUUCAGCGAUCAAUGUUCCACCAAAUGUACCAUCCACUACGACACAAAAUAUUCCACUUCAAUCACAACCAUCCACAUCAACUAUUGGAAGAAAUAGAAGUGUUUCAGUAGGAUCGGCAAAUAAUGGCGAUUUAGUACAAGAAACAAAAGCAUUUGAUGAAGUGUUGAAUGUAUUUUAUAAUGAUCCAGUUAAAAUUGAUGAUUUAAUCAAAAUGGAUUUAUUUUGCAUCAAAAGCGCUCUUCCGAGAACUACAUUUGAAGAAGUUGAUAUUUUUUCCACAUACUUUGGACAUGGUUCAACUGUUGACGCGUCUUCAUUUGGAGCUAAUUUACUACUCAAUGACGAAACUUCUCAUGAUGACACCUCUCGCAAUAAUAAUCAAUCCACAGUCAUUUCAUCUUUGAGACAUGCAAUUCGAAAAUUGUAUUUAGAGGCUUUUUAUGAGGAUGACAGAUUUUCUGCCAACGUUAUUUCAUACCAUUUAUUACUUUAUAAACGAUUGAAAAUAUUAGAAAAAGUUCAAGAAUACCAACAGGCAAAGAUGAAUGCAGCUCAAUCCCUUAAAGUACAUUUCGAGCAAUUAGGAUCUGCAAAUUCACUUUCUAUAACUUUUGAAAAUCCACAAAACGACAAAAAUAACUCUGCAACGAAUACUAACGUUUUAUCUAAUGCUCCAGUGAAUAUUACAGAAAUGAUUCAGGUAGCAGACCAUCAAUAUCAACCUCUAAAAAAAGAAGACCACGAAACAUUUACGAAAAGUUUAUUUAAGGCUAUGCAAAAAAGUGAUCUGAAACGAGGAUUGUUUGCCAAGCUCAGGAAGUCAAAAUCAGAGUCCAUUUACAAGAUCAUUACAAAAUAUGCAUAUCCUUUAUGCUUACCAAUUGAGAGUGUUGCAUCAGAUAUCGAGUCCCUAAAUUCUGUAAAGCAAUAUCUAGUAGAAUAUUCACUGGAUCCAGAAAAUGGUUUGAAGAGAAGAACCAAAUCUAUUCAUUCAUUACUCUUGUUGGCCCUAAGUAAUGGGUCGUUAUUGGAUAUUUUGCAAGUGUUGAAAUGUUUAUUAUCUCUGUCAGAAUCUACAAGCGAACCAUUUCUUACAGCAGAAACAGAAGAAGAAGGAUGUUUUGUCAUGAGACCCGAAACUCUGAAACCACUUCAACAAUUUCAAUAUUUAAUCAAAGCUCACUUGGACCAAAUUGAAAAAGACACACCUCAUACCAAUACCACAUCACCUGAUAAUGCUCCGUCAAAUCUUUUACCACACCAUAUUUGGAAUGAUCCUAAUUAUUCGUUGAUUUCUCAUACACAGAAUGGAGUUUCUUUGAACUUCAACUGGAAAAAGCCAUUUUUGACAGCAAAAAGACUUUUCAUAUUUUUAUUGAAUCAAAUUGAUAUGCUUGCCCUUCAUUAUUUAUAUACAGAGUCAUUCAGUUCCAUAAACUCUAAAGGAGAGUUAGCAAUUGAUUUAGGAGAGACCAAGAACAUUAAUUCUGUUUUGAAUCAUAGAGAGAAAUAUUUAAGAAACAAACUAAGCGUCAAUAUCAAGUUUGGCAUUGAGCUUGGAUCACCUAGAACAUUUUCAUCGUUGCUUGAUCUCAUUGACCACAUGCUUCAUAUAGCAUGCAGCAACGAAGACCAAAAUGAUUUAAAUUCUUUGAAGAAUUAUUGUACAGCUGCGUUCUUCAGAGUGUUACAUUUGAAUAUUAAGGCCUUGAGCUUGUGGAAAAAAGGAAGAGAGCACGUAAACCAAUUGCUUCAACAUAGAAUGUCUACCAGCGGCUAUGGAAAUGCCAAUUUUGUAGAGUCUAUGAAAGGUUACUUUACUACUUUUUUGAGAGAGACAGAGAGUCAAUUUAUGGAUCCAAAGGACAUUCAAGUUGAAAACACGGACACUAUAGAAACUCCUCAAAGCCAUGCUCCUAAAACAAAAGAUCCAAAUAUUAAGGAACAACCAAAAAAUCAACAGAAAACGGCGCAAGACCAGAAAAAAGAUACCACAUCAAACCCCUUUAUGCUAUCCGUAUUGGGCUCCAAUAAGGACAAUUCUGCUUUUGAUACUCCAACUAAUUUUAAUAUUGAAGAAAACGAAGACUUUGUGGUCAUUAGCACUGCUCCAAAUACUAAACAAGAACUAACAAGUCAGGAAAAGAGUUCCAAAUUCAAAACCAUUUUGUCAAAUUUAAAUCCACAAGAAUAUUUGACCAAAUAUUUGUCCGACAAAAUUUUAGAUAUUUUAGUCACUGGUUUUUCGAUAUUUUAUCCAACACUAGAGGAACAGAGACAAUUUUUAGAAGAUUCCAUUGGAAUGUUGACCAAUGGAUCUAGAGCAUCAACCUCAAGCCCUAUUCUCAGCACAAGCAACGACGUGCCAUUCAGAAGAAGAUUUUUGAAAAAGUUAUUGGAAAGAAUGGUUAGCGAUUUCACACUCUUUGAGAGGUUGAUUGCAAAUGGAAUAGGAAUGACAGACGUGAAUGUUGUAAUUCCAUUUACUGAGAAAAUGAUUGAGUUUAUUAAGAGGCAAGAACAGUUUAAGCUUGCAGAGAUCAUGGUACGAUUAUCAAUAUUCUCCCCUACACGUGAUGUUAAAACGAAGGACUUACACAUGCAUGAAGAUAUUGAGAACAUAGCGAACCUCAUCAAGCAAUUACUAUUGAUGUGGCAAAAUUUCUUAUUUCAUUACGUACACUCAAUAUUUACAAAGAGCUCUGUUUCCAGUAGUGCAAGUGUGAUCAAUUCCCUUUUAGGAACCAAUGCUGGCAAAGUUUUAUUUGAAUACGCUCGAUUAAUUUUAAAUCAAUCAGAAAAUAUGCUAACAGAAAUGUGUAGUUUGUCUGCUGAGAUUAAGGAAGUGUUGGCAGAUUUAGAAACACACAGUGAGACCUAUAACAGUGUCAAGACAUUGUUACUGAAAGAUAUUUGCCAUGACAUUUUCCAAAAAGGUGCAACUGGAUGGCUUUGUUUUCCGUUACUACUCAACUUUGCAAAAUUUUUAUGGAAAGGAAGUACAUUGAGCAACUCAAAGUCAGCAACAGGAAAUGCUAUCAUUGAAUCUCAGCUUGAAAAGCUCACACAAUUCUUAUAUCCUUCUGUCGUAAAUUUACUGAGAAUGGUUGAUUUGUUGUGUCAAUUUGCAGACAUUAAGGAAACCAAUUGGGAGACAGGUCAAUUUCUCAUCAAUGAAUGGGCUAUUGUUGAAACUGAACAUCCAUAUGAUGGGAAUGUUUCAGAAUUUAGAGAUAUUAUUUUUAACAAUGACAAUGUGACCAAUGUGGGUAUCAAAUUUGAUCCAAGAUGUAUCACUUCGGGAAGUGAUGAUCACUUGCGAAUUAAUUCCUCACAAAAAAUACCCAAUGUGCAGGCUCUCCAAUUUUCAGGACAUGGUACAACCAUUCCAAUCAAUCCUCUCAUGACUUGGGGUAAUGGUAUGACCUGCAGUUUUAGAUCUGGUACUUUUGCGUUGAAUGCGAGUGAAGGUGGUAAACAAGGUAGUUUAUGGGGUAUGCGAUGUAUGAUCGUUCCAGUGAGAAGUUAUAACUCAACUUCAGAAAAUCCAUUGUUUUUAUAUGAAUUUUCUAAAUUAUUGGGACACCUUGGAGGCCGAUGUAGUACCUAUCUAUUCUCGACUUAUCCAUACAGUAGUGAUGAAGACAAGUAUGUGGAAUGGUUGGACAGUAAAAUAUUUUGUAAUGGAAUUAAGGUUGAGAAUGGAAGUGGUGCGAUUCAAAACGGUAGUGACUCCUCUCAUCAAGAUCGCCACAUAGAAUACCAACUCAAGAAUAACCAUGGAUUGUUGUUGUUGAGACCAGAGGAAUUUUCAAACACUGCAAUUUCCUAUCAACAAACCAAAUUGAAUUUGAGUAACAACAACAACAACACGAUUAUUGAAAAUAAUCACGAAAUUGAAUCCAACACCACUGAAGCGUCAAGUGUAGACAGCAAUGAUCAGACUGUUAUCGACAUUUCUGAAAGAUUCCUAUUAGAGAUGAUUGAAUCUACUUCCAACUCUUCUGGUGCUGUUGUAUUUUGUCAGUACAUGUAUCAGAGAGUGCUCCACAAGGAAUCGUUCAUUCAAAUGAUGCAACAUGUACCAGAUGUACUUGCAGCAGAACGUGCAGUCGUAUCGGCUGUUUUGAAACAUUCAGGACUUGAUGUACUUGCACGAAAGAUGGCAGAUGUUGUAUUGGAAAGUCCAUUUCCAAUGAUGGAAACUAUGGACAAGGAUGCAUUUGAAAAAUCAAUGACUCUUCUUGAUGCUCAAUUUAAAAAUGGAGAUUAUGAGAAAUUGAAAGUCAUGUGGAGAAAGGUUGGAAGAACGUUGAGAGAAUGGAUGGUCAAAACCAAACAACAAAAACAACUCUCCUACAAAGAUAUGAAAGAUUUUAUUGUUCAAAAGUGCAAAUUCCUUAUUGGCCUCGAAAGUGCAUUUAUCACUGCUGUUCCCAGGUCAAACAUGGAGAAGUUUUUGACAAGUACAAGUAACGAGUUGAAAAACAAAAUGCACCUAUUCAAAAAGGUUCAGCCUUCCAAGUUUGAAAAGGCAUCACUGUUUUCACAGCAAUUGACUCACAAAUUUGUGGUUAACCAAUUUAAGCGCGAGAAAACAACUCCUCUCUCCCUUCCUUCUGAUGAUUUUGUGUUGGAUAUCUCAUCACAAAUUGUCAAGUUUAUUCAAAGCGAUAUCAUUCCUGUAAGAAUACAAAAUUUAAUGAGAAUGAGAAACGAAAGAGCUUUAAACCGAGCCACUUCCUUGCAAAUGUUUAGUGAAUUACUACAGAGCACCCAAUUCAAUAGUAUUAAGGCAGAAAUUAUACAUGGAAUUAAGACAGUCCGACAAAAUAGAUCUAUGAAAAAAUUGGACUCUCCAAACUUCCAUUACUUUAAUAAUGUGGAAGGAAGUGGUCCAAUGUAUUUGGAAAUUUUAGAAACUAGUUUUUCAUCAUUCCUAAAACAAUUGUUUGAGCCUUUAGAUAUGUGCUUGCACGAAACAUCCACUCAACACGAAAAGGAGGACUCUUUAAAGACUCUUAUUCAAAGUGGUUUGCUACGAGAAAUUUUAGAUAUUUGCUUGAUAUCAUUCAAACAAAAUGAUAUCAAAUGGAUAAUGCAUUUUGAUUUCCUUGAAAAGUUAUCAUACUUGAUGUAUAACACGUUGCCAUCACCUAGUCAAACUGUUCUACCAGGUGAUAAAUUUAAAAAGCAUGGUGUUCGAGAAGAACAAAAAGAAAUUAAUAAGAAAUCUUGGAAGAUAUUUAGACUCUUAUCCAUAAGAUGUGUAGAAAUGCUCGAAGAAAACACCGUAUCGGAUCCUGAAAUUGAAAGACAAUUGAAUGGACUCAGAGACACAGUAUUCAAUCUAUUAUUUAAGGAUCUCAAACGUGUGAUUGGAGACAUGAAUUCAUCCUUUGUGUCCUCUGAAGUGUUGGAAGAAAUGUUGUCAUUGAUGGUUUCAUUAUCUAACACACCAUCAGCCCAGUCUUGUCUUUCCAAUGAACGAUUCCAACAAUUAUUGUUACCGCUAUUACGACUUGAAAGCUAUCCAAAGGUUCAAGAGCUUGCGCUGAAUUUAUGUGGCCAGUUAAUUAUGAGCAAUUGUGAAAUAGAUCCCGAAUCAGGAUAUAGUGAAGGUCUCAAAGAAUUGCUGACCAUUCUCUUUGAAUUUUUAGGAGCUUACGAAAUUCGUCAAGUGAUUGGUUGUGAUGUUUCCGUUCAACAUUCAUCAGAUGGCGAUGGAAGUGGUAGAAUUGGUUUGAAAAUGGCUCGUGAUAUUUUCAAUCUCAUUAGAAAACUAUUCUCCGACAUGUCCAAUCAACAGUCUCUUCCAUAUUUUGCUGGCCUAUUAACUGCAUUAAUGGAAAACUCAAUUUUACAUGCUACAGAAAAAAUAUUAACUGAACUUAAAAAUGGAAGAGGAAUUAACACAGAAAUAACAUUUAAAGAUUUACAACAGCUUUACUCCACAUUAACGAUCUUGAAUGGCUUCAAUUGCAUUCCACAAAUUGGAGAAACAGUCACUGUUGAAAUGAAUGGAAGAAAAGAGCUUGCCAAAGUGAAAGAAAAUGAAGAAACCUAUCAUUUAGUGAAAAUUGAGCUUUUAGACAAAACCGUCAUCCAUCGCGAACACUUUGUGUCUGCUGAGAAUGUACAGGUGCUGACCAACAAACCAAUGGAAAACUUCCACAUGCAAAAAAAGCAUAUAUCUGCUCUAUUUUCAUUUAUUACUGAACUUGGAAAUUAUGUAAAUAAUGGGGAUAUAUCUGUGGAUGACAAAAUAUUAAUUUCCAAUCUCUGGUCAAGAACAUUGAGAUGGCUGCUCGAUAGCGUAUCCAAUGAAACAAGCCAUUCAGAUGCAGUUUUUGAUUGUUUAUUUGGAUUAGAUAAUCAAGUCUCACACAUUUUAGAAAAAUUAGUACAGUUAGGUGAAAUAGCAACAACCUACCAAAUAUCGACCCCGGAUUCAGGCAAAUCGAUCAUGUCCUUUGGCAGAGAUUUAAAACUUGAUUCUUGCAGUUUCACUUUUACUGGAAAGAAAUUCCACAAACAAUAUUAUUACAGUUGUCAAACAUGUAGUAUGAGCACGAAUCAAGCAGUUUGUGCAUUCUGUGCAAGAACAUGCCACAGAGGUCAUCGCUUGGGAACGUUGGAGGUUGGAGAUUUUUAUUGUGAUUGUGGUGCUGGAGAAGCUGCAGCUAAAACUCAUGGAACCUCAAAUUGCAAAAGUCUUCGUAAUGCUUCUCCUGAUCCAAUUUUAACAUUGGAACGAUUGGAAAGUGUGAUACUACGACUUCAAAAAUUAAUGCCAGUCACUAAACAAUCAGGUCCAAAGGAGUCUAACAACGUUUCCGAACAAACUGCAUUAGAUUCUUCAUCUCCACAAACGACACCCAUACAACAAAAAGGUCCAAGCCGCUUUGUAAUUUCUAACACCAUUUUGCAAGAAAAUAUUCCUUAUUCUGUGAACAAUGGACUUGAUAUGCCACUCAUUACCUUCAAUGCAAUGAAACUUUACUCUCCCAAACACUUUGUAAUUGGAACGGAUCAAUGUGUACCUUUCAAUUGGCCCGGAUACUACUUUGAGAUUGAACUUUUGGAUGCCAGUGAGGGAUUAGCCAUUGGUUUUGUACCUUAUUUACCUCCUUCCUCUGCAGCAUCGUUUACGUACAAGAUGAUGUUCUCUCAAAUUCCCAAUUUUUAUAGUUGGCACACAGAUAGUGGAUCGCUGUACAAUGGAGGUACCGUUGCUAAAAGUUCAUACUCUUCUGCUAGCAAUAAGGAUAUUAUUGGAUGUGGUUUCAUUAGAGAUACCAAGUCUAUUUUCUUCACUCGCAAUGGAGUGCACCUUGGUGUUGCCUUUAAUAAUGUAGAUAUGGUUACCUUUUAUCCUGUGAUUGCAAUGAAAGGCAAAAAUUCUCAAAUUCGAGUGAAUUUAACAAUGACCAAACCAUUUCAAUUCAAUCUUGGAAGAUCACAUAACAUUUUGUUACCAUUGUAUUCGGGUUAUCAAGUACCACCUGUGAUUGAAAAGGCAUCAAACUUGAUGAUGGAUUCAACAAAUGUUGGAGCAUCAUCCUCUUCUCAACAGCUUUCCAUAAGCGACCUUUUUGAACUUCGAUUCAAAGAAUUGAAAUCUAUUGUAAAUGGAAUUUACACUGAUGAGGAUGUUAGAAAAGCUCUCAGUAUUGCAAAUCACGAAGAUAGCAACGUUUCUAUUUUGAAUCAAGCGCUAAGUAUUUUACAAAGAAAUAUGCAAACUCAAGUACAGAUUGUUCAUACUCUUCAACCUUCAAGUUCACAAACAGUGAUUCCAGUCAUCAGACAGCAAUUAGUGGAACAAUUGAAAAUUAUGGGAUUCACUAAUGAAAAACUUUGCUUAAAAGCACUUCAAAUGGCAGGUGAUGACAUCAAUUUAGCUCUAAACUUUUUAAUUGAGGGAGGUGUUGUUGAAGAUACUCCUUCGACAACAACAACCUCUUUAUCUAGCACAUCCUCCACUCUUCCACCCUCUCUUCUCAGUGCUAGUUCACUCACUGAUCGAGAUGAAAUUGCAAAACGAAAUGAGAAAUCCGUCAAUGAUGUAAUUUUAUUUGACAGUAAUGGAAUUCCUUUACUUGGAAGUGAAUUUAACAAUGCAGACAUGAAAAUGCGAUUACUCAAAGGUCUUCUUCAAAAUCCAGAUGUUAAAAUCAACGAGAAUAACUUUUGUGAUUCUAAUAAUUUGAGGGAAGGAGAUUUGGUAGUUGUUUCUCCAAGAGUGGUUCCUGUAUCAGAUCACAAUGAUUCUACUUUUGACUUGUCCAAGAAUAAGAAGACAGUAGGUCUCUCAAAACUACGAGGAAAAUUAGGUGUUGUCUCUAGAAAGGUUACUUAUGGUCCCUAUGUUACUGUAGCUGAAGAACAAUCCUCAGCUAAAAGUUUAGUCGUUACCGAUUUGGUUGAAUCUAAGAAUGUGUACACACCACCGCACGAGCUCAAAGGAUCUUCCAUUAACGACAUUCCAAAGAAGUGUGUUGAUUUUUACAUGACACUUUCAUCCACUUAUAUUCGAAAUGUGUUGUUGAAAACUUUGAAAAAGGCAGCCAGUAAGCGACAAGUUGCGUUGUUGGAUAUUCCAAAUACAUUUUCUAACAACAAAUCACUCAUGAAGGCAAUGAAACUGGUCAUGCUCGAUUCGUACCAUCACUUGGACAACGACUUUAACUUUGUUUCUUCACAACCUAAUAGUAUUUUACUUGAAAAAUCUGCAGAUUAUGACAAUAAUUAUACGUUUUCAAACAAAACUCUACCCUCACUGGAGAACUUUGAGGCGUGGAAAGACAUGACAGUGACAACCAAUCGAGGGCUUUCAAACAUAUUCCUUGAGCUUGAAGAAGAAGCGUUGAGUGAACUCCAUGGCCAUACUCAUAGUAUGCAAAGCUAUAGAAAAUAUGAUUAUAAGAAAGACAUGAAUGUCAUGUAUCAAAAGAACUCUCCCUAUAAGCAACAUUUUAUUCAAUUUUAUGGAGCAACCUCUAUUUGUAUUGUAUUGGGAGAGAAAUUUGAGUUACCCACAAAUAUGGACAUGUUAACAUUUUACUUUGAUAGAGCUGGAAAGAAAAUUGCACUACAAAUUAAGGGAGGAGCUCCCAUUUCAGAAAGAUGUUUUAUCAUCACGACAAAUCAUUCUGGAUAUUUCAAUCAGUCAGAAUCACAAUGCCAAGCCCAGCUCUAUUUUGAAUUUACUGGUUCUACUGUUCGAGAACAUGGAACUACAUUUUAUGCAUCUCCAUACACAUUCAAACUUUCUCAAAAAGAUGCCUAUCAACAAUCCAACCUGUUACUUUGUUCAUUAAUUCUCAAAUAUGCAGCAAUCUCUAGAAAGGCCCUCAAGAAAGUGGAUCAUACAUCAGCAUUAUAUUUACCAGUCUUGUUGAGAUACUUAUUGACACCAUUUGCUCCUUUUAAGGGAAUUGUUUCAGACACUUUAUCACAACUAGACUUUUCGAAUCCAAUUAUUUUCAAUUCUCAUAUUGAUCCAAUGUCAUUGAUUGGAGUUAAAGAUAUUAUGGUAAAAAGUGGUCCACCCUUUGCCCAUCUUUCCUUGUUGAAGAGAUUCAGACUUGAACUUGAAGAAUUGUAUAGAAAAUAUUUGAGAUAUAAUGAAUCUUCUCCACACUCACUUCCAAACUUCCAUGCAAUGGCUGAAUUUAUGACUAACAUUCGAAAGUAUUUAGUGAGCGAUUUAUGUCAAUCUAUAUUCCCUCCUGCAUCUUCUACUUUAUCGAACAUACCCCUAAAUUUGUUAUCCAAUAUUGAUAAGCACCACAUUUACAGCUGUAAAAUUGAACAAUUCUAUGGUAGACACGCCGAUCGAGAAACAUUGGCAUGUACAAGUUGUACUCAUAGUGUUGCUAAACAACUCUCCAUGCAUGAUUCUCGUUCUAGUACGAAUACUUCAUUUGCUAAAUAUUAUUCCAAUGACAGUACAAAGUGCCAAUCACAAAUAGCUACUGAAUUUCUCAUCAAAUUUGAUCCAGAAACUCGUAUGAACUAUUCCACUAGUGUGGUUCCAAUUGGUUCCACAAAUCCUCUCGUUAAGGAGGACCAACUUUUACAGGUAAAUCCAUCGGAUUGGUUUGAACACGUUUCUUGGAUCGAUCAAUUAACGAUUAUUAGAGAAUUUUUGGAAACUUUUACAUCAAGUAGAGGAAAAGAAUUUCCUGAAUGGACUUUAUUUGAAUCCAUUUUAGAGAAGAGAAAAAAGAUUUGUUAUAAGGAAAGCAAACAUCCCUACACAGUUGUCAAUGAUUCAGACAAGAUCAAAAUUCCCGGUGCUAAAACACUGUAUAUUACUUUUGACAAACAUAGCAAAACACACAAAUGUGAUCGGUUAAACUUUAGUACCAAGAGAAUUGGUGCAGAUGAUGUGGGUUCAUUUGGAGGAGAAGAAUUGAAAGACAAAACCAUUGUCGUUCAUGGAACGGAUUCUGUUUAUUAUGAUUUUACAUGUGCCGGUGGUGAUCAUGAUGUUAAAUGUUCCAACUGUAGAAAUAACAUUGUUGGAGUGCGUUACCAUUGUGUAGAAUGCGAGGAAUAUGAUCUCUGUGAUAAGUGUAUUCCAAAACAAGGAAGAGUUCACUCAGAACUUCACUUAUUCCUUAAAAUUAGACGUCCUGUGGAUUGCAUGCCUGCACUCAUUCCAUCAUUAUACACACCAAGAUGGCGCUCUACAAGUCAAUUCAAAUCAAACGUUCACACUGGAGUCAAGUGCGACAAUUGUGGAGUUAACCCUAUCAAAGGAAUUAGAUAUUGGUGCGAAAAUUGUGAAAACUUUAACUUGUGUGAAAAAUGUGCAGAGACUGAAUUCAAGUAUCACGACAGAAUGCAUAUUUUCUUGAGAGUGGUACGACCUCUUCCUCCUAAAAAUCAAAUGCCAGCAAAUGCUUUACCGUACGGACUUGUCUAUGAAAAAGACAUGGAUUCUCAUUGGGGAUACAUGUUUAGUGUUUCUUCAUCCAUUGAAUCAUGUCCUCGUAUUUCUCAAGUGCAAAACGAGAUGGAGGAUAUCCGAACCGUUAUGAAAACGACUAUUACAAAGGAAGAAGAUGAUAUUGAUCCAAAUGAAUUUGAUAAGCAACUAGUGGAAUAUAUUGAGAAUUAUAGUAAUGGUUGGCAAUCGUUGGAAUGGAAUCAAUUGAACCCAAGAAAAGAAGAACUUAGCAACUUGCCACUUCUUGAACGAGUUCCACUUAAUCGAUUAAGGUAUCGAUUCUUGCUAUUGAAAUUGUUUAAUAGAAGAAUAUCACGAGUAAUUAAUUUGUUGGACUUUACCAAUUCUUCUGCAUUUGAGAGGAAUGAUGGAAGAACCACAACUAUUACUGACAUGAUUAGUCAAUAUUUAAGAAAUAGAAUUUUCUAUUCAGUCAAGAUGGAUGCUUGGCAACACACCAUUUCCAAAUCUCAUGUUACAGUAGAUCCUAUUCACUUGAAAUUGAAUAGACAUUUAGCAUCUGAUUUACAUCCAACGGAUAAGCAACGAAAUGCAUUCAAUUCUCUCUUCAUUCAAGCAUUUAAUCAAGUGAAAUCCAUGCACCCAAAGAUUUUGAGUCGAAAACAAGCAUCUUGGAAGGUUACUUUGAUAGGAGAAGCAGCUGAUGAUUAUGGUGGCCCAUUCAGAGAAUCUCUCUCAAACAUGUGUCAGGAAUUAAUUGCAUUCGAACCACCAGUAUUGGAUUUAUUUAUUCCAACUCCUAACAAGGUUUCUGGACAGGGAGAUAAUCGUGAUAAAUUUGUUCCAAAUCCCAAGAGUACAAGCGAUCAACAUCUCAAAUGGUAUGAAUUUGUUGGAAUGUUAAUGGGUAUUGGCAUUCUCACCAAGAAUGUGUUACCAUUUGAUUAUCCAUCUCUCAUUUGGAAAGUAUUGGUGAAUGAAAAGAUUGGAUGGAAUGAUUUGAGAGCAUUUGAUGAAGAAAUUUAUAAUGCCAUGAAAUCUAUUUUAGAAAUAGAAGAUGUGGAUGAAAAUAGUGAUUUGGAUCUUUACACUCUCAUGGAAGAAAGUUUUGCACAAACCUAUUAUGGAAGAACAUUUACAGCCAUUGGUAGUGAUGGAAAAGAGAUGGAACUAAUUCCUGGUGGAUCCACCAUUGACCUCACUUACCGUAAUCGAAAACAAUAUGCCUCUUUAUUGUAUGAUUUUAGAUUAACACGAGAAUUUGUUGCUCAAAUGAAUGCCAUUCGAAAAGGUCUAUUCAAUAUGCUCACCAACAGAUACUUUAGUCUAUUUUCUUGGAAUGAAAUUGAAAGAAAUAUUUGUGGUAUUCCUGAUGUGGAUGUUGAAAAAUUGAAACAACACACAAUUUAUGAAGGAUAUACUGUCCAAUCGAAGGAAGUGAAAUACUUUUGGGAAAUUUUACAUUCAUUCUCUCCAGAACAGCGUUCUCUCUUCUUAAAGUUUGUUUGGGGACGUGGCCGAAUGCCAUACAAUGAAAGUGAAGCAUUCACCAAUCCAAUGAAAAUUCAGAAAUUGGAUCGACCAAAUCCGGAUAGUGUUUUACCACUUUCACACACUUGCUUCUUCUCGAUUGAAAUACCUCCCUACAGCACGAAGGAAAUUAUGAAAGAAAAAUUACUCUAUGCUAUUGUGAAUUGUAAAGCUAUUGACAUUGACUUUACAACGACAGCUAUUGAAGCACAGAAUGCAAUUUCAGGACCAAGAUAUUAG